CAGGGAGGCUCGGCAGCCGGCGCGUCCCCUGGGGACCCGCCCCGGCCGGCGCGCGCCGCUCGGGUGGGCGACCUCUGCGCCCCGGCCCUCGUCCGCCCUCCGCCCAGCGACUCGGCUGAGGGCCGGCGCAGCCGCGGGUCGCCUUCGCCAGGCCGAGCGGGGCCGCCGCCAUGGAGCUCGGGCCGCCUGGCGGCGCCGGGCCCGCCGAGCCGGGGCCUCGCUUGCGCGGCUUGCGCGGCGACGACCGGGCGGCCUCGGCCGCCUGGCUGAGCGAGGCCUCGGCCGGGCGCCGCGCUCCGUCCGUGGCGGCCGUGCUGCCGGCGGGGGGCAGCGGGGAGAGGAUGGGCGUCCCCACCCCGAAGCAGUUCUGCCCCGUCCUGGAGAGGCCGCUCAUCAGCUACACUCUGCAGGCCCUCGAGAGAGUAUGUUGGAUAAAGGACAUUGUCGUGGCAGUAACUGGAGAGAACAUGGAAGUAAUGAAGGGUAUUGUUCAGAGAUACCAGCAUAAACGCAUCUCGCUUGUCGAAGCUGGAGUGACCCGCCACAGGUCAAUUUUCAAUGGACUGAAAGCGCUGGCCGAAGAUCAACCCAAUUCUAAGCUCUGUAGGCCAGAAGUAGUGAUUAUCCAUGAUGCUGUGAGACCAUUUGUUGAGGAAGAUGUCCUCCUUAAAGUUGCUAUAGCUGCUAAGGAACAUGGGGCAGCAGGAGCAAUUCGACCUCUUGUAUCUACUGUCAUCAGUCCAUCUGCUGAUGGUUGCUUAGACCACUCACUAGAACGUACCAGUCACAGGGCAAGUGAAAUGCCACAGGCCUUUCUAUUUGAUGUGAUCUAUGAAGCAUACCAGCAGUGUAGUGACUAUGACUUGGAAUUUGGAACUGAGUGUUUGCAAUUGGCUCUAAAAUACUGUCACACGAAAGCCAAACUUGUGGAAGGAUCGCCUGAUCUGUGGAAGGUGACCUACAAACGAGAUCUGUAUGCAGCUGAAUCGAUUAUUAAGGAAAGAAUUUCACAACAGAUUUGCAUACUUAUGGAUGCAAAAGAAGAUGAAGAGCAUGUAGGUCGUUGUCUUGAAGAAAUGCUAAAAAAAGAAUUAAAUCAUGUAAAAGUCACAUCUGGGGCUCUGUGUCAUGCUGGCAGAGAUCUUCAACAGAUCAUCUUAGAGCAGUGCUACAAUUUUGUUUGUGUAAAUGUUAUGACCUCUGAUUUUGAAGAAACCCGGAAAUUACUGAAUGCGCUUGAAGAGAGUAAUCUUUCCAUUUUAUAUCCUGUUGUUGUUAUUUCAGUGCAUUUUCUUGAUUAUAAAUUAGUACCUUUUGGUCAGAAAAUGGAACAUCUAAUGCAGAUUAAGGAAUUUGCAAAGGAGGUGAAAAAAAGAAAUAUUUUGUUAUGUGGCCUUCUCAUAUAUUACCCACAGUUGUGGAGGCAGGAUAUGCGUACCUUGGAGGUGCGGGUAUAUGUUAGACCACACACCACACAGCCUGCUUAUUGCUGCUGAGUCACGUAAACGUCUCAAGAGGGAUUAUAUUUUUAAAUUUGAUAUUAAAGAUGAGCAGAAGCUACAGGAAAGUUUAAGGCAAGGUGCCACUAUUAUUGCCACCUUAAUCAAAGAAAGAAGUUUUGGACUUGUUGGUCAGCUAAUGGUAGCAUGAAGAACAUGGAGAAAAUUACCUCCUGGGUUUUUAGAAACAUUUACCUAUGUAUCUCUUUUGUGCUUCCCUCCCUAUUGUAUGUGCUCGACUGUUUAAGUUGUUUUUUAUGUGUUAUAAUUUAUAGGAUAUGAUGCUUGGGUUAUAAAAGUGGAUCAAUGUUUAUAUCUGUGAAAUAAAAAUUUACUUUUGUGCAUGUCAAAUAUAAAUUGCCUGAAUCAGAAUAGAUAAGUGGAAAACAGUAGCCUUCACAUAUCUUUUCACAAAGGCGUGAAAGAUCAAAUAGAAAUGAUAAUGGGUGAGCUAAUCCUCCAAGGAAUGAGAAUUUAGAAAACUUCAACGAUUCUCUCUGCAUUAAUUAGUAAAUAAAUCACACUAUAAUGAUACAAAUAGAGAAAAUUCAGAAUUAAUCUUAAUUCUAAAAUUGUCCUCUCUUGAUGUGAUAUUUUCACAUAUGUUCUAAUUUUCCACACCUUAAAAAAAAAAAGAGGAGAUAACAGGGAACCCUGGUGCAAAUGUCAUCACCGUUGGCCUCACAUUGCUCUAGAUCCCUAAAGGAGAUGUCAUUUCCUCCUUCUUUUUACUGUUUUAAAAUUGUAUGUUUUCCUUGGUUGAUGAAAUAUAAAAUUUUGACUUAUUUUAAAAGGUCUCUGAUUUUCCUGAAUAAAUUUAAAAGACUGGAAAGCUUCAUAGAAGUGAAUUUAUUUUGGUCAAUCUCACAUCUUAUUCUACAAGGCGGGGGUCAUUGCACUUUCAAGAAUUAAGUAAAUUAUUCUUUUGAUACAGAUACUGCUGUGUUUUUAAAUCAAGUUCUUAUUCUUUCAAAUUUCCACUGGUGUAUGCAUCUUAAAUAUUGAUGAUUUUCCAUUAUAUUACAUUUUACAAGUAUGUACAUCCAGUCAUUAGAGAUGCCUUUUAUUCUAUAUAUACAUUGACUUAUAAAAACACAUUUGAUCAGAUUAUUCCAGGGCUUAGGCUGCAUGUGGAAACUAUAAAAGUUGCAUGAAAUAUUUUCAGAUAAAGGUAGACUAUGAAAUAUCUACCUUGUGCAAUUUCUUCUUAAUGUGCUAGAUGACUUUCCCUAUAUUUCUCAAGUAUUUAUAUUAGUAGAAGAGUUUAUAUUUUACAUUUAGGUAAUAGUGAGUAGAAUAUCAUGGACAUGGAGUAAUUAUUGCAAUUCAUUCUCUUGAAUGAAAUGUUGUUUGAUUGUAGGCUUGGAUCUAAAUUCCUGGGCUUGCUACUUUUUUUCUCUCUCUAGGGAUGUUAAGAAUAUAAAAUAAAUCGUUUAAUUCAAAAUCUUGAGGAUGAAAAUAUAUGGACAAUGUGUAGUUUUUGGUUAGAACGUUUAUGUCAUUGUUAAGGCAAGUUGGCUGUGUUGUGAAAGAUCCACACAGUGCCCCGUUGAACUCUUCAGGUGAAAACGUUUUAAGAAUUUGAAGUGCUCAUAAAGGUAAAAGGGGAAAUGUUAUCAAGGUUUUAAAGAGAAGAUAAGUGCCUUUAAGUACACGGUAGGAAACUGGGCAUAUCUAUGACACAGCAAAAUCACUAUCUAUUGAGUGCUGGCUGAGUUACCGUAGAUUUCAACUUAAUAAGGGAAUGUUACACAAGACAAGAAUUUAUCUUGGAGCAGUUAGUAUGACUUUACCCUAGGCAGUUAGAAGCAUUUAGUGUAAUAAGGUUUAGUUAAUAAAAUAUUAAAUUGUGAAAUGAUCAUCAUCAUAAUAGCAUUUGAUUUUUUUCUUUAUGGUCUACAAAGUGAUUCACAGCAUUGAAAAUAAUUUAAAGAAAUUUCCCCACAUCCUUCACUAUUUAGAUGGGAAUUGAGGCUCAGGGACCUUAACUACCUUGCCACCCAAAGCCAUGUGGCUGCCUAGUAAAAAAAGGCAGGGCUUAAACUCA